AUGGGGUUCACCGGAAAACAACUGCGGCUGGCCCAGCUGCUACUUGUAGUCUUGCCAGCCUUUGUACUUUUCGGCUACAACCAGUCGGGUGUUGGGGGUCUCCUCUCGCUCCGUGAUUGGAACCACACCUUCCCUCAGAUCGAUACAGUCGAUGCCCACGGGGCUGAAAAGAGUCGGAAUUCAACAAGGCAAGGUGCCGUGGUGGCGUCGUUCACGCUUGGCGCCCUAUUCGGAGCUCUAACUUGCUCAUGGUUUGCAGAAAAGUAUGGACACCGCAAGAUCAUCUUUGCGGCCGCCUUCCUUACACUGGUUGGAGAAAUCCUUCAGUGUUCGAGUUUCCAUGUCGCCCAGUUUGUGGUUGGACGAGUUAUUCUCGGAUGGGGUGUUGGAGGAAUGAGCGCCACAGUACCCGUCUGGCAGUCCGAGUGCUCGACAACGUCAAACCGUGGCAAGCACGUUGUUCUCGAUGGUGUCUUUAUCCUCGGAGGCUACAUGCUGGAGGCUUGGAUCAACCUUGGAUUUUUUGAAAUCAACAACCUGCCUCUGCAGUGGCGUAUUCCGCUUGCGAUCCCGACUCUGAUCUCGAUUGUCCCCAUGGUUGCCGUCUUCAUGAUCCCCGAAUCCCCGAGAUGGCUUUGCGGAAAAUCCCGAUACGAAGAGGCGCGCGUGAGCAUGGCAGCUUUUGAGGGACUGCAGCCCACCGACCCAGUCAUCAGCGACGAGAUCAACGGUAUUGAACUCGCACUGGAGGAGACCAAGGCCCGCGCUAAGAUGAGCGACAUCUUUACCAUGGGCAAGGACAGGUUAUUCUACAGGUUUUGCCUUUGUAUCUUCCUACAGUUCGCACAGCAAAUGUGUGGAGCCAAUCUUAUCUCGACAUACUCUACGAUCAUCUUCCAACAAGGUCUUGGCAUGGAUGGUGAGAUGUCUCGCAUCAUGUCCGGAGGAGCUCUUACCUGGAAGUUCCUCUCUUGUUUCGUUGCCUUCUUCACGAUUGAUCGAUUUGGCCGCCGCAAGCUCUUCAUGUUUAGUGGCUCUGGCAUGGCCAUGUGUAUGCUGGCCCUCGCUGUCGCCUCCAGCUACCCCAAGAGCAACCACCCUGCACAGAUUGCCUCGGCCUUCUUCAUCUACUUGUUUAACUUCUUUAUCCCUAUUGGUUUUUCGGGAGCCAACUUCUUGUACUGUACCGAAGUUGCUCCAACAAGACUCAGGAUCCGCAUGGCAGGCAUAUCAACUGCCAACCACUGGCUAUGGAACUUUGUUGUCAACAUGGUUACCCCAGUUGCGAUUGAAACCAUUGGCUGGCGAUACUAUCUGGUAUUCCUUUCCGUGUCUGCCUCCAUUGUUCCAAUCAUCUUCUUCUUCUACCCAGAAACCAUGGGUCGCAGUCUGGAAGAGCUUGAGAUGAUGUUUUCCGAAAGCGGUUCCAUCGUUUCGCUUGUUCGCGAAUCGAGGAAGCCAACUUUCGGCUCGCUCGUAACAGAGCAGAUGAUGGAAAAGGGCAAAAACGAAAACGAAGUUACGUACAUAGAGUAG